CUUUACAACGUCGUGUUCAUUCCUUAGAAGUUUUCUUGAGAGAAUAUGUAGUAGACAUUAAAUAUUUGAAAGAAUUGAAAGAAGAUGGUGCAACGAGGGAAGUUGAAGGAAACGAUAUGCUUCCUGUCAAUGUUAAUUACAAUCAUUACAAUAACAACAACGUCGCGUCACCUUACGGCAUAUCGACAUAUAACAUACACAACUAA